AUGGACUGGUUUUCAUGGCUGUCCAAAACAGGGCUUGAACCAACACUAGUCUACCAGUACGGACUAGCCUUUGCUCAAAACGAGCUUGAAGAAGAAGACAUAGUCUACUUCAACCAUGAAUUUCUUCAAAGCAUGGGAAUCUCCAUAGCCAAACACAGGCUUGAGAUCUUAAAGCUCUCAAGGAAAGAAAUCAACAAGCUUAAUAAUGGAACAAGACCCAUGACUACCAGACUUCUUGUGGCCAUUAAUAGAACUAAGAGAUGUUUGGCUAAGUGUAUAAAGAUGUUAACAACAACUCAUAAAGAAGAUUCAUCCUCAUCUUCAGCUCUUAUGGUUCUUCCAAGGCCUACUUAUGGAACAAGAUUCAGAGGAGCUAUGCUUAAGAGGAAUAAGAAAUUCAUUUCUGCCAAACAGGGGAGAUUGCUUCAACUCACAAAUGGGUCUCCAUCUCCAAUGGUUAGGUAUGGGAGUAUGACUAGAAUUGAAAGCUUUUCAAGCCCAGUUGUGUAUGAUCUCAAAAAAGAGCAGAAAAUUUAUGAACAAGAAGAAGAAGAAGAAGAAGAUCAAGAUGGUUAUUGGUCUACUGGUGUUGAAGAGAUCAGGUGGGAUACUAUGUUUCAGGAUUUGAAACCCACAUGAAUUUUUUUCUUUCAUUGUUUUGAUUUUGAUGAUAAACAGAAAAGAAUUAUUGUUAAUUUAAUGGUGUGAGAUGGGUUUUUGUGUUCUUCCACCAUAGGUAAAUGGAUUUUGUGUUCUUCUUUC